UUUGGAUUUUUCUCUCGUUUUUGCCAACAAACACUGCCAUUGAUCCGUACAACCAUGAACAAAACCAUUUCAACAUGACUAUUUUACUCUCUCUCUCUUUCUUUCUCUCUCUCUCUCUCUCCCCAAAACCCAACACAGCACACAUAAAGUUGCCAUUUUUAACUAAUUAUGUGGAAUGGAAUUGGAAUUGAACGAAAUGAACCAAUGAAUUUUAUUUUAUUUUAAUUAAAAAAGAGCUCAAUUUUGCAUAGUUCUAAGAUUCCCAUAGGAAAUUUUGUCCCCACUUUUGUGCUUCUCAAAUUACCCCCUUUUCCUCCUUAGUUUUGCUCUUUUUGCUGUUUAGAUUCUAAGAGGAAAGAAAACAAGACCAAACAUUAUAAAAGAGCAAUCUUUGUUUCUCUCUCUCUUUCUCGGUGUGAAAAAUUCCACCUUUCUAUUUUUAUUUUAUUUUAUUGUAAUUUUGGUGCCACCCCACAAGUUUGGUCACUUCACUUUCAAACAUUUUUGUUGUUUUUGAGAGCCAAGUUUUCACUUUUUGCUGAAAUGGUGAAGCUUCUACCAUAAAGUCUUGCUUUUUUUAGUUUGUUUGGUUAUGGUGGUGGUGUUUGGUUAGAGAGCUUAGAACCCUCCUUUGUUGUGUCUCUGACAAUGGAGGAUUCUUCAAAAAUGCGGUUGGUGAGGUGCCCCAAGUGCCAGAAUCUGCUUCCUGAGCUUGCUGAUUACUCUGUUUAUCAAUGUGGUGGUUGUGGUGCUGUUCUUAGAGCAAAGCAUAAUAAGGGUUAUGGAAGUGGUGCCUUAUCGGAGAUAUCAGACGAAGAAAUAGUUGGAAGAGAUGGAGCUAAAUUGGGAAAUUCAAGGGGGAAAGGUGUGGUUGACUUGAGUAAUAAUUCGGAUAUUGAUGUUAAGUCGAAUGGUGGCUCCUCGAGGUAUGGUCAAAUAGAUUUGGAGAAAGUGAAAAAUGGAUACGAGAGUGAGAUUUCGAAGAAUGGUUUUGAUUCGAAUGUAAACAAGGAUGAAGGGGAUAGUAAAUCAAUAAGAAGAGGGCAGCCGGAACAAAAUUCGCAUGAAAAAGGGCCCGAAUUAUUCGAGAGCAUGUCUAAUUGGCGAAAUGGGGAAAGAAAUGAGAUGGAAUUUUGGAGAAAGCCACCUGUUGAUAUAGAAGGUGUGAGGUUUUCCACUUUGAACUAUCCUGAUGAGGGAACUUCAAGCAGCUAUUCUAGUUUCCCUUACAAUUAUGGGAAGCAAUGGAGGAGUGAGAAAGACAUGGAUGGUGCAAGCAGGGUUCAGCACCUCGAGCAAGAUCGCGCCGAGCUUCUAAGGAAGCUGGACGAGUUAACAAAUCAGUUGAACCGGUCUCCUGAAGUGGGUAAUAGUUCUAAAGAGCAGUUUCGUCCCGAAGGAAGGACAGUUUCGCCAGAUCCUUAUGGCAGCCGGGACACUUGGUCUUCGGACAGGUCGAACAGGACUAUUUCAAGGCAGUUAUUUGGCCCUAACAAACAUGCACCUGGGCCACCUUAUUUCGAUUAUCAUCGUGAUCCGUAUGGUUAUACAAGUAGUCAUGAAAUGGCUAUGUCAAACUUCCAUCCUUCAAUGCAUAAUCCAAAUUACAUUCCUCGAUUCGGGGAUCCUUUCGCUGCCCAAAUGAGGAGAGGUCCAAAUCAGCUUUACCAUCAGUUCCCACAACAACCAAUGCAUCCUUACUUUCCCGGCCGGUAUUUUGAUACUAGUUCAGAUUCAUAUGAACUCUAUGCACAUAAUGCAAUGCUUCAUCCACCUUCCUGCGCUUGCUUUUUUUGCUACGACAACAAACGCAGAGGUUCAUUGCCGACACAACCAAAUCCUGCAUUUGUUAAUAGUAGAUUCCUUGAUACCCCGAAUGAUCCCAUGUUGUACCAUCAUGAGGUUCCGGGGACAUUUGAUCCUCAUGUUCAUGGUUCAAGAACUGCCAUUCCUCCUGUUCAUGAAACUCAAUUACGUGCUAGAAGGCCUACUGGUGACUAUAACUCUAACAUGGCUAAGUCUGUCCGAACCCUUCCUCGAAAAGUAAUGCCAGGAAGUGGUGCUCGGUAUAUCCAUCCUAUAGCUGGUGGUUCUCCGUUCAUCACAUGUUAUAAUUGCUUUGAGUUGCUACAACUUCCUAUCAAAGCAUUGGUUGUGGUGAAAAAACGGCGGCAAAAAGUGAGGUGUGGGGCUUGUUCUUCAGAAAUAAGCUUUGCUAUCAGCAAUAAGAAGCUAAUUAUCUCUCUUAAUUCGGAAGUGAAGGAAACUACUACAGCGAUCAAAGAUACUGCCAAUGAGGCUGUGAACACAAGUGGUGUUAACUUCUCUUCAGAUGAUUAUGCUGGCUAUGAUUUUCACUCGGUGGAUAGAGAGUCUCCUGUGCCAGUUGUGGAGUCAAGAAUGAACUCUAGAAAGCCCCAAGAGACACAAAGUUUCCCCUCUUCGUCUCUAGGUACCUCAGAGGAUGAAAACAGUCCAGAAAUUAUGAUUGCCGAAGGUGAAGCCGAAAAGUCCAUUGCUCCCCUGAAUAAAGCAGUGAUAUCUCCCCCACCUGCUGGAUUUCCUCUUCAAGAGCAUUUUGAUUUCAGUGAUAAUAACCGUGUGAUUAACCGGUUUGGUAAAGGCAACCUAAGUAGUCGGUCGGAACAAGAAAAAGGCAAAAUAGUAGACAAGGUUCCCUCAUCAAGGCAAACUUCUUUGAAAGAGGUGGUGCUUGCAACCGAAAUGGAUGUCCAUGACUAUUCGAACUCCGGAGCCUCCCAGGAUACCGGCUAUGCAAGCCAAGAACAUGAUCAUCUCAGAUCUAACAAGGGUGGUGAAUCAUUUUUCGCAAGCUUUAUCAAGAAAGGUUUCAGGGAUUCUUCUCAAACUAAUGGAACCGAUGAUCAUGGCAAAUGCAAAGUUUCCAUAAAUGGACAGCCCUUGUCGGAUCGUGCAAUCAAGAAGGCGGAAAAGCUAGCUGGAUCCAUUCGUCCCGGAAAUUACUGGUAUGAUUCUCGGGCCGGAUUCUGGGGCGUCAUGGGUGGACCUUGUCUUGGAAUAAUUCCACCAUUUAUAGAAGAGUUCAAUUAUCCUAUGUCGGAAAAAUGUGCUGGUGGAAAUACCGGCAUUUUUGUGAAUGGUAGGGAGCUUCACCAAAGAGAUUUGGACUUGCUUUCUGGAAGAGGACUUCCCCGUGACAGCGACAGAUCUUACAUCGUCGAAAUCUCCGGGAGAAUCCUAGAUGAAGACACUGGAGAAGAGCUAGAGUGCCUUGGCAGACUUGCGCCGACAGUGGAGAAAGCAAAACAUGGAUUUGGCAUGAAAGUACCAAGAACAGAUGCAUAAAAAAAAUAUAUA